UUACACAAGACUGAACUGUGAAAACCAUGGCUCCAAUUUUAGCAGAUAACAGCAAACCCAACCUGCCUGAAAGAGAUACAUAUGGCAACAAUGGACUUGUUCUUGUUAAAAACCCUCAUCUGGACCUAAUGUCUGAGGACUUCCUGUACCAUUUUGAUCUAGGAACAAAAACACACGAUUUACCCUCAAUGUUUGGUGAUGUUAAGUUUGUCUGCGUGGGAGGAAGUGCUAACAGAAUGAGAGCAUUUGCAUUAUUCAUUCACAAGGAGCUGGGCCUGGGUGCGGAUAGCAAUAACAUUACUGAUAUUUGUGCUGGCACAGACAGAUACAGUAUGUACAAAGCCGGCUCUGUGCUGUCUAUCAGUCAUGGGAUGGGAAUUCCUUCCAUUUCUAUAAUGCUUCAUGAGCUUAUCAAACUUCUCCACCACGCCAAGUGCAGAGAUGUGGUCAUUAUGCGCAUCGGGACUUCGGGGGGAAUAGGCAUAGAACCUGGGACCGUUGUGGUUACAGACGUAGCAGUAGACGCAUUUUUUAGACCACAGUUUGAACAAAUUAUUUUGGACAAGGUGGUUGUUAGAAACACUGAACUCCACCAGGGACUUGCUAAUGAUAUUGUUCAAUGCAGCAAAGAGAUUCCAGGUUUUUCAACGAUUAUUGGACACACGAUGUGCACAUACGAUUUUUAUGAAGGUCAGGGCAGAUUGGACGGAGCACUUUGUUCAUUUUCAAAGGAGGAAAAGUUUGAGUAUCUCCGUAAGGCCUACGAUGCUGGAGUCAGGAAUAUAGAAAUGGAGUCUUCAGUAUUUGCUGCCAUGUGCCAUCUUUGCGGUCUUAAAGCUGCUGUGGUCUGUGUGACGCUCCUUGACAGGUUAGAAGGGGACCAAAUCAAUCAAAGUCACAGCGUUCUACUGGAAUAUCAAAAGCGACCUCAGCAACUUAUUGCAAAGUUUAUCAAGAAACAGCUCGACAUACAGACAUAGUUUAAUAACCCAAGAUAUAGGCUGACAAUUGCUUUUUGUCCAUGUACAGCAGUAAUACUAUUGCACAAUAUAUGUUCACCGUACAGCCAGUCACACUUGUAUUUUGUAGGAUUUAAUCACUAUUAUCUAAUUUGCUUAGGUAUGCUCAGGAGCUGUGAGCUAGCUACUGAUUGGUGGCUGCACAUAUAUGCCACUUGUCAUUGGCUUACCUUGGGUUCCGCUAGCUCCAAGUAGUGUAUUGCUGCUCAUUCAUGAAGAGAAUAAAGCCAAAUUGAUAAUAGAAGUUGUUAAAAAUUGUAUGCUCUGUCUAAAUCACGAAACACAAAAUUUGAGUUUCAUGUCCCUUUAAUCACAUUUCAGAACCAGAAAGUGAUAACUUUUUAAUAUCCAAACAUUUUUCAAAAUAAUUCCGAGGCAUUAGUACUUCAUCUAUAAAUUACAUUUUUUUUUUUAAAGAAUUCCAAGAUAUUUGUCUUUCAUCACCAAAUGUUUUUUUUUCCUAAUAAAUGUCCCUUCCUGAGCAAAGGUAAAACUGCCAUUUAUCAGCCCAUGAAGGGUAAUCCUAAAAUCCGAUCUGUUAGAAGUUAGAAAGGGUCAGUAAAAACCUUGAGAUUAUUAUAUAAAAUGUUAAGUUAUGCACUUUCAUUACUUAUUUUGCCCCUUUUUCAUGUAAUUUAGCUCUGAAAACUGUGGAUUUAGAACUUGAAAUGCAAUCUGCUGACUCAAGGCUAGCUCUGCUAUAUAUGUUUCCCUCAUUGGCUUUAACGGAUAACUACUGCACAACAAUGCAUUUACACUAACAUUAUAACCGUGGUCAGCCUUGAUGUCUGCAGAUUCAAGCCCGGAUUGGCUUCUACAAAUGGUGGGUGGAGUUUGGCUACAUCAAAAAACAUCUUCAUUUGUUUUUAAAAUGUUUAGACUUGGCUGAUAUAUUAUUCUGUAGCCACAGAACAAUACUGUCUUGUAAUAACAAGAUAUUUACUGUCUCUUUAACACCUUAAUACACACACUCAUUUUUUCUUUGCAUAAAUGUUUUGUAGAUGAUCUAUUUAUAUAGCCCAAAAUUUUUUUUUUUUUUUUUUUUUUUUUUUUAAAUGUAGUUUUGCUUAUUUUUAAAUAACAUUGCUCUGAUUUUUAGACUCCUAACCAAACCCCAAAGUUUUAGGAGAAUACCUUCAGCUACCUUCUCCAGCUUGCUCCUGUUUGUGUAAAGGGUCUUUUCAUAUGCAAAAGAAAGGGGAGGGGGGGGAGGGUCUUAUUUCCCACUUGCAGUGGGCUUUCCAGCUAUCUGUUCAACAUAGCUAAACUGAGAGCUUCUAAGUGUUUUUAAACAGUUUUAUACUGGAUUUGUAUAUCAGUAUCUGUGCAUCUUAUUCUUUAUAGCAGUGUCUAUUACCUGCAGUUAUAUGAAAAUUAGUGUAUACUGUCCCUUUAACAACCCCGACAUACCCUGUAUGACGCAGGGCGUGAAGGGAUUUUCUGCUUAUAAUAGUGUGGGUCUUGCUACGAGCAGCAAGACUGCACUAUUAGACCCUCCCUCCUGUAGGCUUCCUAAAAUAUUGAAAAAAACAACCCCCAUAGAAAGACAAGCGACGUACAGGGUACGUCACUGGCCGUUAAGGGGUUAAGCACUGGAGUCAAGAAAUACUGUAGAAACAGAAUUAUUUGCAACACCAGUCAUCAAGUACUUCUUGAGCUAUUCAGUAAUUUAAUCUGUAUGACUUUCACCUGUGCUCAAGUAGGUAUAUCCUGUGAUGAGAAAGAAAACUAAAAAUAUGUCACAUGAAAGAGCCAUAAUUAAUCCUGUUUAACAUAUUUAUUUUUUUAUGAUAAAAAGGUAAAGUGGUUUAGCUAAUGGGAAGUGGAACUGUGUCUGUUUUAUAAGCAAAUCCUCCACAGCUUUAUUGGAGACAGUGACGCUCCGCAAGCAAAAGUUAAAAAAAAAUUAUGUUUCUCAGUAAAGGGACUUCAGUUCUAAAAAAAAAAAAUGUAAUACAUUUUUAAUGUCUUUUAUUUUCUAUUUUCUUUUUUUAAGAUCAAAUAAAAAAAAACUUGUCUGUUCCUUUAAUUCUGCCUUGGUACUGGGGUACUUGAGAAUUUGAGUUCACUAUCACUAACCUUACACAAAUAGUUUAGUUUUUAUGGGAACCUGCACAGUAAUUAGUGUUUUAAAAAAACAAAGAAAAAAUGAUAUAGUAGGAUGUAAUAGAUAAAGGUUACACAGUAAAACAUGAACAUUUUACUUGAAUGUAAAGAAUGAAAUACUAUAGUCUUAUCUAUUCUUCAGUAUCUUCAUGAGCAAAAUAAAAAAAUCUAUCCACAUGUAUCAAACUGCAAAAACAGCUUUGGGACUUAUAUGUUUAUGAGAUAAGAUUGCAAACUACAUGUAAAUAAAAACAAUUUGCUAAAUUAUUGUUCUCUUAUUUUACUCUUUGGUGCCAAAUUAUUCUAAGAUAUAUCUAUAAAUAUAAGCUGUUUUUUAACAUACAAUAAGAUAAUAUAUCAGACAGCUUAAAUGUUACUGUAAAUAGCUGCACAUUGUUGACAUUUUUGGGGGCUAUAUUGAUGUUUUGAUCUCAGGGACAGAAUUUCCCAGAGAUUGGUUGUUUUUAUGUUUUACUGUAUUAAAUAAAUAAUUUUGUUAAUUAUAUUUGUAUAUUUAUAACAUUCAAUACUUUGUAUAUGUUGUUAACUAAUGAAAAAUAAAUAUAUAUUUUAUAUUAUAAA